AUGCCUCGACAACGAUUACAUCGCCGAACCAAGAAGAUAGAAAGCUAUAAUGAAACUGCGAUGGCACAACGCGCUUGGGCCCGGAGUCAACCAGGCCAGAAGGCCCCAACCAAGACCAAACUUCAACGCCGAAAGCCUGGCGCAGCAUUGCCCCCCAGUGCUGUGCUAGCCUCUUCUCAGAAGCGCGGAGUAGCGCCCUGUCUAGCCACGGUGGCCGCGCCCUCUCCAAAUACCUCGUUACCGUCCGAUGUACCACCGACCCCCGAUGUCACGGCUGUAGCUCCCCUUGGAACGAAUCCAUCGUUUCCUCCAUCGGGCGGCGCGGCAGUGUCCCUCGUCAACUCGAUAACGCCGUCGUCUCCAAUGGGCACCGUAGCGGCAACCCUCGGAACCAGCAACGGGAACGACCAAGCCGUCGAAAAAACUGCCAACGGCCAGACUUGCAGCAUUGUGCUACAGACAUACGGCGGUCAAGCGACCAUCGCCGGUGCCAGGCGUGCCUGGGAGAGACUUGCGUCUGACGUUGAGGAGUUUGCUCGCCUUCACUUUGUAGACAUGAUCGACUGGGGCACGCUCGAUGCCAACAAAAAGGAGAAACUUGCCGCUUGGGCACCCUGGGCUGAAGAGUAUUUUGCGUGCUAUCACCAAUGA